AUGGAGGGGCUGUUCGCGCUGGAGCUGCUAGUAGAGGCGGUGCGGGUGGCGGGACCGGGACCCGCGGAGCACCCAGCCCCCGCGGAGCACCCCGCCGUGGCGCUGCGCCUCUUGGAAUUCCCUACCCUGGUGCUGCGCCCCGCCGCCGCCGCGCCGCCCCUGCGGCCGGGGCAGCCCUUCCCCUUCGGCCGCGGCAAGCGCUGCCUGUUCCGCUGGCGCCGGGGCUCGCUCAGCGCCGCGCUCCGCCGCCGCCCGCUCCGCGCCCUGCUGCUGGCGCUGCCCGCCGGCCUCGCCCCGGGGCCCCCCCGCCUCCUCGGCAGCUGCGCCGUCCCCCUGGCCCCUGUCGCCGCCGAGCUGCUGCACCGGCCCGGAGCGCCGGCUUCGUGCGGCCGCCGCGGCCGCUUCGCGCUGCGGGACACCGCGGGCCGCCCCGUCGGGGAGCUGGUCCUGGGCUACCGCCUUACCUGCCUGGAGGCCGGCAAGGAGCCCCCCCCGGCGAGCCCCGCAAUCCCCCGCGCUGCCACGCCGCCUGCCACCUCCCCUGAGCCGGGGGGCCAGGAAGAGGAGAAGGAGAAUGAGGAGGAAAAUGAGGAGGAGGAGAGUGAGGAGCUGGAAGGCAACGUCUUUUGCCCUCCGCUGCUCUAUUACAGCCGUGAGCCGGCUGAGCCUCAGCGGCCCCCAGCAGCGGCGGCCGCGGCGCAAUGGGAGCACGUCGAGGUCAGGAGAUCGCAGGAGAAAGACAAGGGCCAGAGUCCCCCGCGUCCCAGUGCCGAGCCCUCGCUGCUGCACCCCGCCAGCUCUCGACAGCUCCACAACAGCCUGGGGCAGCUGCCGCUACUCAGGGCCUUGCUGGCGGAGCUGUCGGUGCUCACCCACAGCGCUGUGCCUGCUGCUGCUGUCCAUCCCCAUCUUGCCUGGCUUUACCAGGCCCCGGGGAGUAGUGGAAGGGCCUCACGGCCUCCCAGCCCCUCCGCUGCCCUCAAGCCUGCAGAGGCACCUGUGGGGCCUGGUAGGAGCAGUGGAGCUGUGAGCCCCCGAUUCAAACAAGGCAGGCAAGAGGCCACCCCACCAGUGUCUUCUGGUGCUGGGAGAGGACCUAAGAAAGCUGUGCUCCAGGGACAGCCAGCUGCUGAAAGGAACUGCAAAGCCAAGGAGAACAGACCUCCCAGAAAGAAAUUGUUGUAUGGGCUGACAAAUACACUGAGGCUACGGCUGCAGCAGACCAACCCUGAUAAGCUGAUAAUUCAUGAAAGGAGGGAGAAGUACAGAAAAAAGCAAAUGGAGAUGCUGAAGGAGAGAAGCCCCUUACUCAACAGAAAGCUGCUCAGAAAUGCCGGAGAACAGCAUGUGGUUUCUUGCAGGCAUUGUAGCAAGAGAGACAGUUCAAAGCGGAAUAAUCAGUUGGAUAAAACUGUCCAGACUUCAUUAGAAAACAGUGUUCUCUCAGAGACCAUUUCUGUGACAGUAGAUGUGUCCGCAGACCUGCAAGAACAAACUGUUGCAAGUUUACGGAGGAAGGAUGCAAUUGCAAGCAAGGAACAUCCAUACAAAGUAACGACAGCCGCCUUACCGGAGGAAACUGUGUUAAAGUCUGCUCAGGAGGAAAAGUAUGCAAAAGCUCAACUCCUAGCAGCGUUCCCAUCAGAUGCUAAUGCAAAUGGAAGUAACGAGGAAGCAAUACACUUAAUCCAUCAUGAAACUACAGAGCAUGAUGAUGCAUCUGUUAUAAGUGGUCAUAAACCCAGCCUCAGCAGGAGUGUUGAAAACAACUCUGAAUUCAUAUUCUCGGAUGACUUUGUUGCUAGUCCUGAAAACACAGUUUAUUCCGAAGAUUUCACCAGUGCUGAGUGUACAGACAAAGACUCAGAAGCUCUUGACAGCAGUCCUGAACCUCUGUGUCUUGAAAGCCCAAAGCGAGGUAGGUCAGAUACAGAGCCAGAAUCCUGCAGGUCUGGAAUUUCAAAGACAAGUCAGAAAGCUGGAAGUACUUCAGAUCUCGUGCCAGUUCCUUCAGCUUCAUCUCCAGUCCAGUCUUUGAGUAGAAACCGUGACUUUAAAACCGGCAAAAGAACUAGUGCUGAAUCCUCUGACUCACUUAACCUUGCUCAGAUGGAGGCAUCAUUAUUAGAUGAAGAGGAGAAAGCCCAACAGAUCAGUAAGGAAGAGAACUGGGGUGAUCAGCAUAUUAAACAAAUAUCGACAAGCAAACAAGUUAAAUCUGCUACUGAUCUGAAUAUAGGAAAGGGGCAGACCUCUGCAGGAGAAAAGAAGUCAGUAACUAAAGUUAGCUCUUACUUGCCAUCUAACGUGUCUGAUCUUGAACUUAGUGUCCUGGAAAACAGUAUGUCAGACAAAAAGGAGGAUUUUCUGGAAAAACUAUGUGCUCCUAAUCAGUACAAAGACAUUAGUGAACUUGUAAUAAACAAGCUCCCAGGAUACACAAUGUAAUUACAAGUUUUCACUGUCUGGAUUAAGAUAUGAUAUUUAAACUUUAUGAGGCCUGUUGCAUUUAGCUGCAAUAUAUACAAGAUAAUUUAAGACUUUAUCAUGCACAUUUAACACAUCAGUGAAUUUAGUUAAGAGGUUUUUAAAAUAAACUACUAUUUGAAUCUCUAACAAAUGGCUCAAGUGGUACCUACAGCCCGACUUAAGUGUCUUAACACAAAAGUAAUCCAAACAGCAUAGGAAACAUAACUUAUUGUCAAAGCAGAGAUGAAGACAGAAGGAGCAAAAGCAGUCAGUACCCACAAAACUUGGCCAGGGUAGAAGUUAUACAUUGCUGCAGAAACAGCCAAGUACAAAAUUCCUUCCUAAUCAAAUAUAAGUUUUUAUUCCUCAUGAAAAUAGUUCCGUGCUUCAUUUUCUUUACAGGUAGUUACUUAAAACAUAAAAUUCACAGCUCUAUACAUUAUUAGCUAAUAUGUAUAAUGAUGUAUUUGCUUCCCUGUUCUAUCACUAAAUAUAGUGACCAGAACUAGAUAAGCCCUUUUAGAGUUUCUUAAGUUGAAGUUUCUAAUUUAAGUUAGAUUUUCCCAAUUUACUAUAAAACAGUGUAAGAAUUAUACAGUAAAUCUAUAUAAUGUGGGAGAGUUUAAGAGGUGGAUGGAAGUUACUUGACCUUGAAGAUAAAAGGUGUGCAAAGAGUAGGGAAGAGCACAGUAAAUUUUCAAUGUUUCACAACUCCCUGAUUGCAUUCUCUGACACUGGGGAGAGGGGGUCAGCACCCACAGUCCAGAAACUUGGAACAAACAAGCAUAUUAUGUCAUGAUUUAAAGAUUCAAGAAUAGGAGGAAUUUGCCAUGUUCCCUUUUCUGUCAAGAUGGUUGAACUAUUACUGAUAUUUGCUUUUGAUUUCUGGUUUGGUUUUUAUGGCUUCCAAUUUGAUCAUUGAACUUAAUGCUUCUGAUUAACUACUGAGGUUUUUUUAGAGCCCAUAUCCCUAUUACAAAUUUUAGAGACGUUCUUCGGCUUGAAUCUGAAGAGGACUAAAAAUUCCUGCCUUUUUAGUCUCUUGUACCCCCCUUUCCACUCUCUUUGAGUAGUACAUCUGUGUCAGCUUUACAUUCCUAGCUACCUCAUCAAUUAGAACAUUUAUCCUCAGGGUUAAAUGACAGACUUACCCACUCCCCUUUCCCUUAUAAUUUACAAUCUGACUUUUUCCACAACUUUGUUCAUUUCCGACUGUAGUUUUCCAUGUACUUUGCUGAAAGUACCCAUGUUUACACUUCAACAUCUUGGAGGGAUUUCUUCCUUUCCAUCCUACUAUGUGUUUAUUUUGUAGGAAUGACAUUACCUCUCCUAUUUAAAGUAUGAACAUCUGUGAGGAUUAUUCAAGUAUCUAGUGUUGACUUCUGAGAACACCACUACUAAUAUUUUGAAUCUAAAGUUUGGGAGUUGUUCGGGACAAAAAGUUAAAAACAAGCACGAAAACACACACACCAUCAAAUACCCUUUGAUACUGCAAUUAAAGACAACAGAGUAAAGCAAAAGCAACCAAAGAAGCAAAGAGGAAAGCCCUGCCACUCUAAGUUUAGAAACUAAUAUAAAGUCACCAGUGGUGACAAGGAUUACUUGUUCUCUCUUUUUUAUCACUUCCUGACAGGCAUUGGGGAACAUCAACAAGACUUUUAGGCACAUCUGGAGGUUAAGUGCAAAAAUGUUUCAUGAAGUAAAUGAGUUUCUCAAAUGCAUCAGCUACGAAACCUCCUGUCCCCACUCCAGCAAGUGGUCAGGCAAUCCAUCAGAUACCAUAUCAUGCAUUAUUACACUCUAUUUUCCAAAAGCUGUCGUCAUGAUUGUCCUCAGUGCCUGUCUAAGUAGGCAGCUGGUUCUGUCUUUCAGUACCAUGCUCGUUACUCCUGAAGACACCUAAAUAGUUUUGUUCAUUUCUGCAUGAAAGCUCCCUUAUGCCAUUUACUCAGAGCAGGCCAGGUACCUGCUCUCAAAAGAAUCUUCUGCAACCACUUUACCUCCUAUUCCUUCAUUAUUUCACAUGCAGGCACAGAACCAGCUACAAGAAAAAGGCCAAGCUACCACUUCUUCACAUACAUGACCAAAAGGGGAAAGACCUCCAAGGACACAGGGAGAGAGGGAAGCAGGGUCCAGCCCAUAGCUUCAACUUUAAUGGGCUUCAGUGAUCAUCUUCCCUUUCUGUCAUGGAUAGGCCUGGAGCUCAUGACACACAGUUCUUCUAAGCCCAGCACAGUAAUUAUAUU